UUUUGACAGCGCAGGUGAUCGUUGCAAUAUGCACAUCACUAACGCAAUAUCGGUAUCGAAUAUCGGUAUAUGAAAAUUGCGAUGUCUGCACACAUCACUAACAUAUACAAGAUUGUUUAAAAGCACAAAUAUAUACAAAAUUAAAAGGAAAAAGGUUGCACCGUCCAUGAAACAUGGAUGAGUUCAAGGUGCCCAUUUUACCAGCCGCCCCAACCACUAAAAGCGAAGUUACUGUCGAAGAGCCAACGCCAGCAGAAGUUGCUAAAUCCAAGGCAACGACUGGCUGCCCCUACAAAGUGCCCAAGUGGUCGCAGCCGCCAAAUGAUGGACAAGAUUACAGAUUCGAGGUGCUAAAAUCGGGACAAAUCAUUGACGAAGUUAAGCAGCUGCAGCAACAGGCCAACUGGACCUUUGGCCGUCUGCCUGACAACGAUGUAGCCAUGGCGCAUCCAACCAUUUCGCGCUACCAUGCAGUACUUCAAUACAAACCAAAAGCAAUCGACGGAGAGGAGGAAGAGUCAGCUAAACCUGAGGGCUGGUAUAUCUACGAUCUCGGAAGUACACAUGGCACCUUCCUCAACAAACAGCGCGUGCCCCCACGCGUCUUUAUACGCAUUCGCGUUGGCCAUAUGCUCAAAAUGGGAAGCAGCACGCGGGUCUACAUAUUGCAGGGUCCCGGUGAGGAUGAAGAGCCGGAGUCGGAGUUAACAGUCACGGAGUUACGAGAACAACGUGAACAACAAGUGGCCGCAGCAAUGGCCGAAAGGGAGCGCAAAUUAAUGGAAGCUGAGGAAAGGGAACGUAACGAAGGCGCCAGCUGGGGCAUGGGCGAGGAUGCCGACGAGGAAACAGAUCUCACACAUAAUCCAUAUGCGAGCACCAACAAUGAGGAGCUCUUCUUUGAUGAUCCCAAGCGCACUCUACGAGGUUUCUUUGAACGCGAAGGCCUAGAUCUGGAAUACAAAUGCGAUGAGCUUGUCCAAGGCUCGUUCGUUUGCCGUGUGGAGCUGCCCAUAGAUGACUCCAAUGGCCGCUCCAUAGUCGUGGAGGCGACGCACAAGGGCCGCAAGAAGGACUGUGUGGUGCAGUGCGCCCUGGAGGCAUGUCGCACACUCGAUCGUCAUGGCGUACUGCGACAGGCCAAUCAGGAGUCGCAGAAACGCAAGCAGCUCAAAGCCAAGGGUGAUUCGGAUGACGAGGACGAGUUCUGGGAUCGCACAGGCGAUGUGGCCAGAAAGAAACAGCGCCUAGCAAAUGCCAGCGCCAAUGUCACGCUCACCUACGACGAUUUGCUGAAGCAGCAGAGCGAACUGGAUGCAGAGCUGGCCAAAGUGGAGCUCGAAAUUGGCGCCUAUCAGCAGAACGAGAAGCGGCUGAAGGCGCUGGCCGUGCAGCAGCAAAGCGCCAGCGAUGACCUGGACAAUUUCAUGGACACCCUCAAUGAAAAUGUCACACAGCUGGACAAAACAGAGAUCAAAAAGCUGAGACUCGAGCAGCAGCGCAUCAAAGCGGAUCAACAAAAGUUGCAGCGGCUCAUUAGGAUUGCUAAGCCAACGGCUUUGCCCUUUGACACGGCCACUAGCCAAGAGCAGAGGCCGGAAAGCAAUGUGGUCAAAAAGCAACUGCCCAUGAUUGGCAAACGAAAUCAGUUUAGUAAAUUUAAGAUUGUGAAAGCGCAACCGAGUGCAUGCAGCAAAGUGCAAAGUGCGAAAGCAUUUGCCGAUGAAGAUGAAGAGGAGGAAGAGGAGGAGGAGGUAGAAGAGCUUGAGAGGAAGCAGGUGCAGAAGUUGGAUCAGCAGGGGAAAAAGGAGGAGCAGCAGCAGCAGCAGGAAGAGCAGCCGGAGCAGGAUAAGCAAGAGCAGCAGUUAAAGAAGGAGGAGGAUCAGGAGGAGAAGCGAGAGGAGGAGAAGCGGAAGGAGGAGAAGCGAGAGGAAGAGAGGCGGGAGGAGGAGAAGCUUGAGCAGCAGAAAGAAGAGUCGUCAACUACUAAGGCGGAACUCCAUACCAAAUGUGAGGAAGCAACAGAAGUAGCAGCGCCACCAGAAACAGCAGCUGCCGAGGAGCCAAGUGCUGAAGGAGAGCGAAAACGUCGCCAACGUCAACGACAGCGGAACAACAAUACCAGCAAUAGCAACAAGCAGCGAUUGGAUGUGGACAUGGAUCUAGAUGAGCUGGCGGAGCACGAGCAGAGCGAAAAGUAUGCCAAGUGGAUACCGCCGACUAAUCAAAGCGGCGACGGCUUCACCCACCUCAAUGAGAAAUUUGGCUAUUAGCAAAAGUAAUCGAAAAACAAAAACAAAACCGACAAAAAUAUUAAAAAUAUUUUGCUUAAUAUUUAGU